UGAAUCAUACGGAUCCUAGCAAGGAGAAAGAGAAGUACGUCUGCCUCUCUCUCUCUCUCUCUCUCUUUCUCUCUCUCUCUGGCUCGCUCGCGCGAUCGAUCGAUCUGGAAAUGGCGUGGUGCGAAGGAGCGGAUGCGCCGCCCCGUCUUCUAUCGCCUCUGAGUUGCUAUUUCGACGGGCCAACGGAAGACAGCUUUUCUCUUCCCUCCCCCCGCCCCCCCCCCCAAGUGCAAGCAGCAAAGCGGGAGGGAGGUAAGUGAUGAAGGUCAUUACCUAAUGCUAUUCCGAUCAUAAGUAGCAGCUUUGCUUUGCCACCCUCCCGUUUAGCACAUUCUUUUCAUCGUUAAAAAAUAAACUAAGAAGAAUACUUUUCCUGAGGUGUGUGAUGCAUGCACUCGCAUUUGUGUGAUGAGCUAAAAGAAACUCUUGAUGCUACUGAACUCAGUCUCGACCUAUAAAUUAUUUGAUUUUCAUGAACUCCUGAUGCUACUCAAAAGCGCACCAAACUCGACGCACUGAUGACGAACCUACCCAUUUCGUCAAAGCCGAGUUGGUGUGUCAUGAACACCACCGGGAUUUCACGAGGAAUCAAAUAAUUUGUAGAUCAAGAGCGAGAAACUACAAGUAUUAUAGUAAGGCUUUAGGUUUUAGCUCAGCAUACACAUAUCAACCAUCACACGUCUUAGAAUAGGUUUUCUGUGUGUUUCAUUUAUCCUAUUGACAAAGAAAAUAAGGUAUUAUCCAAGUGAUGGCCUUCAACUUAUGAUAGUAAGGGAUGAGUUGCCUAGAGAGAAUGGGGAACAUGAGAGUGUCAAUUCAAAUGAAAACAUUAAUGUGGCCGCUAGUUCCCCAAAAAUAUCAUAUUGUAUUAAAUUAGAUUCCAUAAUAGUUGAGAUAUUCCAAAAGGGAUAUUUCGAAAAUUGAUCUGAAUCUAUCUUUGUUGAUUUCGUUUAAAGAAAUGAAGGGGAGCAUGGUCAGAUUUAUUUGUAAACUUAUAGUCGUCUCUGUGAAAGGGACAAUACAAACGCAUUUAUAGUCAUAUAUAUAUAUUAGGUGUCUCGUGCAUUUAUUGCUAUGUUUUGAUGCAUUUAUACAUCUUAUGCAUCUAACAUUUUCUAUAUUGGUGGUUCAAAACUAGCAUGUCACAAAGAUCUAGCACCACUUAUUGAAGUGGGUAAGUCAAUACAUUUUGAUGCCCUCCACACAUCUUAACCAACAUCCCUAUACAAUUGGUUCAAGUCAAUAUGUCUUGAUAUCUUCAUGAUGUAUUUGGCGCCCUUUAUACAUGUGGUCCUUUCGUAUGUCUCAUGAGUUUGUCACCCUUUAUAUGGGCAAUUCAAUUGGAUGUUCACCUGUCUUAUACUUUUCACAUCCCCCAUGCAAUUCAAGUAGGCAGGUCCUAACACUCCCAUGCAAUUCAAGUCAAUCAAUCAUAUAUUGAUGUCUCCUGUCUCCCAGUAUAUGGAUUCUCGUUGUGCACUCGUUGAGGAGCAAUAGUAACUUCUGGUUACGGGCGACGAACUAUUGGAAUGUGUUGUGUGAUGUUGCCAAUGUUGAGAGAAGAGGGUGGAUGUUUAUAUCUAGUUCAAAGUUUGGACCUCCCGGAUGUGGCCAAGGAAGACUUCCAAUAAGAAUGAUGGGUGGUGGUGGUGUACUUGUUACGUGAUGUGGUGGAGCUACAUUUAGGUUCUUCGCUUUCAUCAUUUGCCACUAAAAGCAUAGCCCAUGGGCUAAUAUACUAUUCACAUUCUAAAAAUGAAAAAACAAACAAACAUUCUUAUUGUAAACUUGAAGGGAAUCAAAAAAAGGAAUUCCUUUAAGAAUUCACCUCAGGGCCGUUGCGACCUUUCGACCCAACAAAGAAUGAGAGCAUACCCACGAUGAGUAACGAAGAUACAAAGAGGAGAGGAACUUACCAAAACAGCUAGAAGAGAGUCCUCAUGAUACGUCAGGGUUGGACCUCAGGUUUUGUUCCCCACCUUUUAUCCAUCUAGAAUGGGAGUUGUAAAGUGCUCAACUUGUAGAGUGACAAAAGACUCUAAAAGUGGUGAGAGGACCUGACGUCCAUGGAGUAUCAUGUAGGCUAAAAAAUGGAAAUUUAGGAAGAUUGGAUAAUUUAGUACUGAAGAAUUUGGCAUAGAUAUUAAUUUAUUGUAAAAGUCUUGAUUAUGUUUCAAUUUUAGGACCUAUGUGGAUUUAAUUUUGAUAAGCAUUUGUAUCUUUUUUCUUUAGGGGUAAAUCAAAUUUCUUAAAGGAAUAAAUAUAUAAUCAUCUUAAUUUUUUACCUUAUUUAAGAUGUCAUUAUUUAUCUCCUAAUCUGCAAACCCCCUAUUAGGAAUUUUAUUUCAGUCAUUAAUAUCUAUUUCCUACCUGAAACAUUCAAAAAAGAAUUAUCUAUUGUUUUGAAUUUAAAAAUGAAGAACAGACUGUUGGAGAACCCGGGCAAACUCCUGCCUUUGGGACAGUAACAUAAAAACUUAGACCAGGCUGUUGACUACUAACCAAGACCGGCAGCCCACAUAGGCAGGCAGAGUAAAGCGAACUCUUCUGUACCACCACUUCUAGCCCUCUUCUUGCCCCCUUUCCAUCUCCUUCUCCUCCAUCUUCUUCCUCCUCAACGAGCAAUCGAUGGCGAGCCCGGAGAGACCGCUCCUGGUAAGAGCCAUGGGCAUGAGGCGGACAUGGGUCUGCCUCUUCCUCCUCGUCUACACCUUCCUCCUCUACUGCUCCUGGAGCCUCCUCCUUUCCAUCCGCUCCUGGUACAACACCGCCUCUUCUCACUCCUCCUCCUCCUCCACUUCUCCGACCUACGUCGCCGGGUGGCCGGCGCUGUACGCGUCGGUGCUGUACGGAGGCGUAUUCGGGCUACUGGCGAUGGGAGCGGCGCUCGCGGUGGCGGUGCCGGCGACGCUGGUCACGUGGAUCACCGUGCUGGUGCUGCUCGCCUUCGCCGGGAAGCCGCGGCGGUCUCUGGUCAUGGAGGGGCGGCGGAUCACCGCCGACAUCACCGCCAUCGCCCUCAAGAUCCUCGUCCGCGAGGGCAACCUCGUCGCCGGCAUCUGUGCUACCGUCAGCUUCUUCGCCCUCCUCUUCAGCAGCAGGAGAUCAGGGGGAGCAGCAGGAGGAGACCGUGAUUUGUGAGAUCCAUCAAAGAUCACGGAAGCUUCGUUUCUGUUGUUGCAGUAACUUGUAGAUGCUUAGAGAGAGAGAAAGAGGGAGAUUACUGGUAAGUAAUCGUUGCUGCUGUAAUUUUUGACUCUUGAUGUUUGGAAUGAUCGAUCUGGCUAAGAGACAAACAGCAGCGUCAUAUAGUAAUGGCAAAUCAUAUUGGAAGAUAACAAUGGAUGACCAUUUCACAUAUUAUCAA